AUGAUGGGCCUGAUAUUCUGGACUCGCAUCUGGCAGGGUAUGGGUUCAAAUCCAGACGAGAGGAAUGGACCUAACAACAUCGAGGACGAGAGGAAUGGACCUAACAACAUCGAGGACGAGAGAAAUGGACCUAACAACAUCGAGGACGAGAGGAAUGGACCUAACAACAUCGAGGACGAGAGGAAUGGACCUAACAACAUCGAGGACGAGAGGAAUGGACCUAACAACAUUGACGACGAGAGGAAUGGACCUAACAACAUCGAGGACGAGAGGAAUGGACCUAACAACAUCGAGGACGAGAGGAAUGGACCUAACAACAUCGAGGACGAGAGGAAUGGACCUAACAACAUUGACGACGAGAGGAAUGGACCUAACAACAUCGAGGACGAGAGGAAUAGACCUAACAACAUCGAGGACGAGAGGAAUGGACCUAACAACAUCGAGGACGAGAGGAAUGGACCUAACAACAUCGAGGACGAGAGGAAUGGACCUAACAACAUCGAGGACGAGAGGAAUGGACCUAACAACAUUGAGGACGAGAGGAAUGGACCUAACAACAUCGAGGACGAGAGGAAUGGACCUAACAACAUUGACGACGAGAGGAAUGGACCUAACAACAUCGAGGACGAGAGGAAUGGACCUAACAACAUCGAGGACAAGAGGAAUGGACCUAACAACAUUGACGACGAGAGGAAUGGACCUAACAACAUCGAGGACGAGAGGAAUGGACCUAACAACAUUGAGGACGAGAGGAAUGGACCUAACAACAUUGACGACGAGAGGAAUGGACCUAACAACAUCGAGGACGAGAGGAAUGGACCUAACAACAUCGAGGACGAGAGGAAUGGACCUAACAACAUCGAGGACGAGAGGAAUGGACCUAACAACAUUGAGGACGAGAGGAAUGGACCUAACAACAUCGAGGACGAGAGGAAUGGACCUAACAACAUCGAGGACGAGAGGAAUGGACCUAACAACAUUGAGGACGAGAGGAAUGGACCUAACAACAUCGAGGACGAGAGGAAUGGACCUAACAACAUCGAGGACGAGAGGAAUGGACCUAACAACAUUGAGGACGAGAGGAAUGGACCUAACAACAUCGAGGACGAGAGGAAUGGACCUAACAACAUCGAGGAAGAGAAGAAUGGACCUAACAACAUCGAGGAAGAGAGGAAUGGACCUAACAACAUCGAGGACGAGAGGAAUGGACCUAACAACAUUGAGGACGAUAGGAAUGGACCUAACAACAUUGACGACGAGAGGAAUGGACCUAACAACAUCGUGGACGAGAGGAAUGGACCUAACAACAUCGAGGACAAGAGGAAUGGACCUAACAACAUUGACGACGAGAGGAAUGGACCUAACAACAUUGAGGACGAGAGGAAUGGACCUAACAAUAUCGAGGACGAGAGGAAUGGACCUAACAACAUUGAGGACGAGAGGAAUGGACCUAACAACAUCGAGGACGAGAGGAAUGGACCUAACAACAUCGAGGACGAGAGGAAUGGACCUAACAACAUUGAGGACGAGAGGAAUGGACCUAACAACAUCGAGGACGAGAGGAAUGGACCUAACAACAUCGAGGAAGAGAAGAAUGGACCUAACAACAUCGAGGAAGAGAGGAAUGGACGAAACAAUAUUGAGCAGGAAGGAAAUGGAGAACUCUGCAGUGCAAGACUAUCACCAGAGGCUCGACUGCCCCUUGUGCAGUAG